AUGCCCCCCACGCUGGCGGAGGAUGGUCAGCAGCAGCGUAAGAACUCGCGCAAAAUCAAACGUUUGCGGGAUGCAUCCUGCAUGAGGACACGGGAGACAGCGCAGGACCGUUGGGGGCGGCAGCGCGGUGGGAGAAAGGCGCGAUGGGACAAGUGGGACAGACAGCCCUCCGCCUUCAAGAGCCGCCUGCGGUCAGGAAAUUUCGCCGCCGCUGCUGCCGGCGGCGGCGGCGUCGGCCUCGGCGGCGGGGUUGUUGACGAGGACGCUGUCCUCGACGCCGCAGAGGAGGCGUUCGCCUUCGUUGACGCCGCCACAAUGAAGGCGGCUGCAGCUGCCACCGCCGCUAACGCUGUCCUUGGUUCCGAAGGAACCUCCAGCGAUGAGGGCGUCGGUGGGGGUGCUGGCGCCGAGGGAGACUCGGAUGCUGCCACCGGUGUCCCGGCUUGCUCCGUCGCUGUCGUGGACGGUGGGCGUGUCACCGGCGGGGGUGACGUCCCCCCUGAAGCCGCCGCUGGAGACGGCGCGCACACGCCGUCCCCGACGAGACGAGCGCUGCAGCGACAAGAGGAGUCGCCGCCGAGCACGACGACGCCGGAACCGGCGGCGACGGCGGCGCCGGCCGUCCUUGACGCGGGUGGAUGCACCGACGAUGCCGUUGCGGCCUCACCGGCGCCGGCAACCACGGCAACAGUCGUAUCAACACCCUCUUCGGCCCGUAGUAUUGCUAAUGGUGUGGGCGGCAGCGGCGGCAGCGGCGGCGGUGUUAGUGGUAGUAGGUCGAAGACCGUCGGCAGCGGGGGCCGCCGGUCAUCUCUGAGAUCGCCUGGCGGUCUUUCUCGCGCCGGGUCUAAGGGUAGCGGCGUCGGCGGCGGGCUUGGAAGCGGGAGCUAUCGCGGGAGCCCUCCCCCUCUCCACCGUAGGCUUAGCUCGCCGGCAGGGGUUGGCAGCGGCAAGAAGGGCCAGAGACAACGUCAGGUAGGGGGGUCGACGGCUGUGGGAGUGGGGGCUCGAGGGUUGGGAAGCGCCAAGAAGAAAAAGCAGGCGUCGGGGAGCGAUGCGGGGCGGCAGGGGCGUGCGGAAGAGGAGGAGGUAGCCGCGGCGACCCCGCCUCCCCCCCCGAGCCUGUUCGAGAGCGUGUUCAAGGACAAGUUACCCAGCCUGACGCCGAGAAAAGCACCUCCAGCCACGCCGCGGCUCAGCCGGGAUUCGAUCGUUCACGCCAUCUUUCAGUCCCUCUUCGGCAAGCGCAAGGUGAGGAGCGGCCCCCGCGAGCGCUACGGUGGGGACUGGGACGACGUUGACGACGACGACGAUGACGAGAUGGAGGCCGACGAGGACGAGGUGGACGAGUCGUGGAUCAAGACCGGCAUCAACCUCACCCUCUUCAACUCGCAGGCUGUGGACUUCGCGUGCAGGAGCACGGCCGGGGCUGACCUACUGCACCAGUACGUGGACAGCAACGCCGUGUUCCGCCUGGUGACUGACCUCCGCUUCGAAGACCCGAGAGUUCCUAGCCCGCGCCUGAUGAUCAUCAAGGCUGUGUACGAAAACUGCGCGCACUUGCGACUGCUCACCCUCCGCGCUUUGGCGCACGCCUCUCACGACCAUCUCAUGAGAACCCGCGAGCUUGAGGAUUGGGCCGCGAGGGUGGGCGUCGACAUUGCGGAGGCUGCCGCCGCCGCGGUGGCCGACGGGAUUUCUGGAAGAAGCGGUGCCGGGGGCGGGGCAGGGGGGGGCAGGGCUCGUGUGACCGGUCGGGACCAGUCGCAGACGCUGGGCGAGCUGCUGCUCUUCGUCCUCCAAACGUUCCCGAGAUUUUUCCUGGGAAUGGUCCCCGUCGACGAGGCAGGCGGGCAGCAGCAAGGGGUUUGGCACCACGGCGACCCCGGAGCUACCUUCAGCGGGGAUGGCAGCGGGUACGGGUGCGUAGAAGAUUGUGGUGUUGCCGCCCAGGCGGCAGAAGGGUGUGCCGACGUCGGCGGCGUGGACGUCCACGCCGGUGUGUGCGGGGGAAAUGCUUCUUCCUCGGGAUUUGUGUCACCUUCCCAAGCCUGGGGCAGCAACGGUCCUGGCAUCGGUAGCCCCAGCAGCGCUGAGAUAACAGAAAACAGACGCGCCGCCGGCGAUCAAGAGGACGGCCCCGCCGCCGCCGCAGCAGCAGACGGCGGUGACCAAUGUAAGAGCGGCUGCGAUGGUUGCGAUGACAACGAUGGUGCAAGCUUGGGAGAAGAGGGAGGGUUGGUCGGGUCGCCAGGCGGGGGAGGGGCGGGAGCGGGAGGCGGCCCCACCGCCCGGAACGCCGCCAGCUCCGGUGGAGACCCGGCGCCGGCUUCCGAACGGUGCGCGCUGGCGUGGCCCAGCUUGGCGUCGGGCUCGCCCUCACCCGCCACCGGACAGCGCCAAAACGAGGAGGGCGUCGGGAACAAGCAGGAGCCCCCAUGGUCCCCGGCAUGGGCAACCGCUGGGGUACGGAGCAUUGAAGAUGUUCCACUGGAGGAGGGGGCGGGAUUGGCGGUGAACCGCGGCAGCUGCGGCGACGGUGUUUGGGGCCAGGGAAUGGCGAGCAAGGACCUGGCUUGGGAAUCGGAGGCGGGGCUGGGGGAGGAGGUCGGCGGCGACUUGAGGACGGCGACGGACGGGGUUGCCGGCGCCGCCCGCGCCUUGCGCUUCACGGCGCAGGAGGAGGACGUCGGCGGUGAUGCGGAAGUGACCGGGGACGCCGGCAACUGGCUCGCGUCGGGGCGGGAGUGUUCGCGAGAAUCCCCCGUUGCUUCUGCUGGCGCAGCACUAGCGGGGGAUCCCUUCGAGUCGGGGGCGGGAAGGUUGGGGCUUGACGAAUGGCCCACUGCCCAGGAGGCGAAGUCGAGCACGCCAGAGAAGAUAUCGGCGGUGGAACCCGUCGAGCGAAUGGACGGCGCGUCGGUGUCCGGGUCACGCGGAGACGCCACGGGAGGCCAAGAGGCAGGCACGCAGCAGCCACUGCCUUCGGCGACCGGCUGCACCGCCGCAGGCGGCGGUGGGCUUGCGCUUGAGCUCGACCUGCCCGCCGUGGCGCUGAAGGAAGCCACCCGCUCGCUCUGCAACCUGUACGCCAGCCACGGCGCGCCGGCCGCAGGGGCAGAAGCGGCAGCGUCCGCGGACGCCCCAGAGCGGCUGCAGCCGCUGGCUCUCGCCGGGUCCACCCUGUGCCAGCUCUGGCCGCCGUCAUCGGCGCUGCUGCUCCGGCGCCUGCUCGGCACGUGGCCCGCCGGGAGCGCGAGGAGAGAGGUGGCGUACCUGAGGCUGAUCGCCGGCGUGGCGUGCGCCGCGCCGCCGCUCGGGGUGGUGUGCCCUGGCUCGCGCCUCCCGCUCAUGCUGUUCCGCCGGCUUGCCAAGUGCAUCAACAGCUCGAACACUAAGGUGGCGCAGGAGGCGGCGUUCCUUGUCCAGGCGGACUUCAUCCUGAUGGUAUACCUCGCUCCGGACCGGCGUCUCAUGGACCUCGUGACGAACGCGCUGUGCGCGAACCGCGAGCACUGGAGCGCGGACGUGCGCAACGCGUCCGACCAGACGUUUGACCUCAUGCUUGACUUCCUCUGA